UUAAUGCCUACUAAACAAUGUUGUGAUUUUUUAACAAUAUUGUAAACUAUUAAGUGUUUAUCAAUAGCCUAGCAUCCAAAUAACGUGAUAAUUCAGGAUCUUAGUAAUUUCUCGUGCAUCCGGAGAAGCCCUUGAUUUAUUGGAGGAGACAAGGAGUUCAAACGGGUUUAUAAAGAGAGCAAAAUUAAAUAUGGAGUAUGCUGCCGAAGACAGGCUUAUCAACACAAUUCUUGUAAUUCUGACCGUUAGCCUUGUAGUAUAUGCAUCCAUACAAUUUCGAAAGAGAACUCAAAGCAAAGCUAUACCUGGUCCUAGGGGCUUACCAUGGAUUGGAUCUGCUUUUCAUCUUGGGUUGUCGAGCCUCCAUGUCAAACUAUCAGAAAUGCGAAAGGAAUAUGGAGACCUUUUUCAGAUUACCUUAUUUGGUAAACAGAUUAUCGUUGUCUCUUCGUCGUCUCUGUGUAGAGAAUUAGGUCAGACAGAACCAUAUGCCACAUGGACAGCUAGCAGACCACAUACGUUUGUCAGUAGGGUAGUUCUACGGAAUCGGACAGGGGUCAUAUUCACACCUGAUUAUGACUCGGAGUACAAAAAGAGGAGAAAGAUUGCAUAUGCUGUUCUAAGGGCGUAUGGACAAGGUCUUCAAAGAUUGGAGAACAGGAUCAAAGAACAACUGGACUACAUGAUAUGUGAUAUUAAAAAACUGUCAGGAAAAGCGAUAGAUCCAGUUAGCUUAGUUGAUGAUUUCAUAAUAGGAAAUGUGGAGCUUUUAUUGAUUGGGAAGCGAUGUGAAAAAGACAGCGAAAUGCACCAAUUAUUGACAACUUUUGACCAUUCAGCCAAUGUUGCAGCCGAUCAGCGACAUAACGCAAUAUACAGCAUGUUUCCUUUCUUGAUCAACUUCAGAAGCGAGUUUUCUACUGAAUGCCGUAAGGUCAUGAAUAUCUUACAGAAACUGCUAAGUGUUCUGGAAAGGAACUUGCCGAACGAUAACACCUGUUCAGAUGCGAUGUACCCAGUUCUUAAAAAAGCGAUAACAGAAGGGGAAAUUGACGAAAGCAGCGCAGCCUCAUUGAUGGGGGAUAUGAUGGCAGCAGGUUAUUUGACAACUAGAGGCACGUUGUUGUCCAUGAUAAGGAUUUUACAAUGUAGGAGAGAUGUGUUACAAAGAAUGAGGGAUGAGAUUCAAACUUUAAUGGGUUCCAAUGGCGGCACACCCACCUUAAAUGACAGACCAAAGUUCCAUUACGUUGAAGCAUUUAUUUUGGAAACGCUUCGUUAUAUUUCCCAUGUUCCUAUUACUGUGCGUAGGAAUAGUGAACGAUUGACAAUUAGGGGAUAUGAUAUUCCAAAGGACACAACAAUGAUAAUUAAUUUGUGGGACAUUAACCACACCGAAGAAGAUACUCCCAGAUCGUUUGAUUUCAAUCCUGAUAGAUUCCUGGGUCCUGACCAGUGUCUUUUAGCCGCCAACACUCCAGUGCGCAAGAGGUUUGCUGCAUUUGGGCAUGGAAAACGAUCAUGUGUGGGAGAAAAUUUUGCUAGAAGUAGAAUCUUUCUUUUCAUAGUGACUCUGGUCAGCAAGUUCUCUAUUACUGAUCCUUAUGAAAGUAACCCUCAAUUAUUUCACCCCUUGGACAUGAGCCCUGGUAUAGCUCUACAACCCCCGAACUUCAAAUGUAUUUUUCAUCCACAAGACAAACCAUACGAAUAAAGAAAAAUCCUGUCAGUGAAGGAAUUUAAAUGAUAAGUGAGUUUUUAUCUAUGUCAAACACUUUGAUGAAAAGAAAUUCAUUUGAGUGCCUUUAUUUAGCAGAAAUGAAUACCAAACGCACUUGUUACUCAAAAACCAACACUAUAAAACGACAUUUUGAAGACAGAUCACCUUUAAACACAAUUUGAAGUGUUUUUAUUUGUAUUAAAGAACUAAAUUGAU